AUGACAUCAAUCCUACCUGCUCCUAGGAAAUUCUUCGAGCAUACGAAUGGUGCUGAUGCUACUUCCCACAAAAGGGCCAACGGCCGACGUUGGACCGUUGUGGCCAAUCAGGUUCCCACUCUCGCAGCACCACCACCGCCGCCCAAAAACAACAGCAUGCGAGGCGACAAAGAGCGGAACCGGAACUCGGUGACGCUGGAUGGCACCUUGGAUGAGGGGCGGGAGAUUUUGAGUAGCGUUUCCGAAUUUGAUGUCACGGUGUCCAACAACCUUGGGAGCAAACAUGAUGCCACCCAGAUAUGGGAGAAGAUCAAGAAUGAUAGGAGUGAAAAGGAUACGGAGAGCGAGAAGUUCAUGCAAGGAUUGCCUGCUGGCAUCCCCAAGUUCGCAGCGAUUUUGAUGAACCGCUUUGGUUCCUUGGAGAGAGCCUUCAACCACUUUGACUACAAUCACAAGGGCAAAGUGACCCGAGGUCAGUGGCAGACCACCUUGGCCACCAUUCGUUUGGAUACCGAGGAAAUGGUUGGCAUGCACAACAAAAAGCUCUUCCGUCAGAUCAGCCUAGUUGCUAGCGGGAAGGCUUCCCUGGAAAUCACGUUGGAUCAGUGGAUGAUCUUCUUUGAAGUGGAACUCAAAGACACGGCCGCGGAGUUCUUAUUGACAGAAGAUCGAGGGAGCCAAGCGCCAAAGCGCUGGCAGCAGAUGAAGAAACUCCCAGUGAAG